CACAAGCCACAGACACAUCCAACAUCAGGCUGGUGUUUGCGGCGGUGAAGGAGACGAUUCUGCAGAACGCCCUGCGCGACUCUGGUAUUCUAUAAUCUCACAAGGUGCAGGUGGGCGCGCGUGUACGUUGGUGGGGUGGUAGUUGAUGUUGGUGGCGCCAGGGUUUGAACCUGCACUCGCUCUGAAAAGGCCUUCUGUAUGCAGAGAUGUCGAAUGCCGACGCCUCUGGGUGCAGGCCUCGCUCCUGGGCCACCCAUCUCUCUUCGUAUUUAUUCUAGCUCGACGAUAUCCCAAUAGUAGUGGUACCUCGACGUACGGAUCAGUUGGCCCACACUGCAGCACUGCGGGGGUACGAUGUUGCUUGUUGCCACCUGGGAAGAGUUGUCACCGCUUAUGCAGACGACCCGGUCGUCUCGUGCGCGCCUACAACCGCGGCACUCGUGCCAACUACCGUGCAGCACGUGUCCACUGCACGAGACAUUCGCGGUGUACAUGCCAUGCCCGCUGCCCGAGACCCCGCCCGAGAUCUGCAGGUCUGGAUCGUCUGGACGCCGUCCGAAAAACGCCUUGCAGAUCUGUCUCAAGCGAUCAAGCAGUAGCGCGCACGGCGCAUUUCGGGCCUCCCGCUGAUCGUCGUAGUGCGCGAGUGGCCGUGUGUGAGUGUGCCGUCAUGCAUGGAGAGCGGGGCUUAGGUACGGCGGCUCCAGUCCAAGUGCUGAUGAGCCGCCGUCGGCCGUUCAGCGGGUGCUGUAUGCUCGUGCACGUGCUCCUCGGGCCUCCGGUCGCAGGGCGCCGGCGAGCUCGAGCGCCCGAGAUCCCACACCCCAGAUCGACCAUCUACGUAUCCUCCGUGUCCAGAGACCCUCUGGCAAGUUCUGGAAGAUGGGAAGUGAGACAGCCAGAUCUGCAUGAGACAGCGGAGACUUGGUGAGACAUGCGCGGCGAGGACAGUCAGGUACGAUCUCGGCGCGGGGCCGGGCAUGCUCGCUGCAUGGGCUGUGACGGGGAUGGUAGUGGGUGUAGAGGGGGCGGAGAUAUUGCGAGACAUGCGGCCGUUUCAGUGAGAGGGAUGUCAGGCGCGGGUAAGAGCGAGGAUCGCGAGGCCGUCGCAGGAGGAGGC